UGCGCGCUGGGCCUGGGGGUGGGGCUGCUGUGGCGACGCUAGAGCGCGGGAAGUCCGGAACCCUCGGCACGGCGGCCGGAGUAUGAGCUUGGACCGCGAGCUUCGCCAGUUAAGUAAGGCCAAGGCUAAGGCCCAGAGGAGCGGGCAGCUGCGGGAGGAGGCAGCCGUCUGCCACCAGCUGGGGGAGCUCCUGGCUAGCCAUGGGUGCUACGCGGAGGCCCUGCGAGAGCACCAGCAGGAGCUGCAGCUCCUGGAGUCGGCCGACGACCCCCUGGGCUGCGCCGUGGCCCACCGCAAGAUCGGAGAGCGGCUGGCGGAGAUGGAGGACUACUCGGCCGCCCUGCAGCACCAGCACCGCUACCUGGAGCUCGCAUGUUCCUUGUCCAACCAUGUUGAGCAGCAGAGGGCCUGGGCCACCAUUGGCCGCACCCACUUGGACAUCUUUGACCACCACCAGUCACAGGAUGCCUUGCUACAGGCACAGGGUGCCUUCGAGAAAAGCCUGGCUAUCGUAGAUGAGAAGCUGCAGGGCUCACUGGCCAAGAGAGAACUGAGUGAGAUGAGGACCCGACUUUACCUCAACGUGGGCCUCACCUGUGACAGCCUGCAGCAGGCCGCGCUAUGCCACGCCUACUUCACGAAGAGCAUCUUCCUUGCCGAGCAGAACCACCUGUACGAAGACCUGUUUCGCGCCCGCUACAACCUCGGCGCCAUCCACUGGCGGCGGGGGCAGCACUCUCAGGCCAUUCGCUGCCUGGAGGGGGCGCGGAAGUGCGCACGCACCCUGAAGCAGGGCUCCAUGGAGAGCGAGUGCUGCCUGCUCCUCUCGGAGGUCCUCCAAGACCUAGGGGAUUUUUUGGCCGCCAAGAGAGCCUUGAAGAAGGCCUAUCGGCUUGGUUCCCAGAAGCCUUUGCAGAAGGCAGUGGUCUGCCGGACUCUCAAGUAUGUGCUCGCGGUGGUCCGCCUGCAGCAGCAGCUGGAGGAGUCUGAGGAGAGUGACCCGCGGGGCGCCAUGGGCAUCUGCGAGCAGCUGGGUGACCUGUUCUCCAAGGCGGGCGACUUCCCCAAGGCUGCCGCGGCCUACCAGAAGCAGCUGCAGUUUGCGGAGCUGCUAAACAGGCCGGGGCCUGAGCUGGCCGUCAUCCACGUGUCCCUCGCUGCCACCCUGGGGGACAUGAAGGACCACCGCCAGGCCGUGCGCCACUAUGAAGAGGAGCUGAGGCUGCGGGACGGCAGCGCCCUGGAGGAGGCCAAGACCUGGUUGAACAUCGCGCUGUCCCGCGAGGAUGCCGGGGAUGCUUACGAGGUGCUGGCGCCGUGCUUCCAGAAGGCUCUCAGCUGUGCGCAGCAAGCCCAGCAGCCGCGGCUGCAGAGGCAGGUCUUACGGCAUCUCCACGCGGUGCAGCUGAGGCUGCAGCCUCAGGAGGCCCCUGGCACUGAAGCCAGGCUGCAGGAGCUGAGAGCGGCUGAAGACGAGGAGGAUGAGGGGGACGAGGACGACGAGGAGGACGAGGGGGACGAGGGGAAUGCCGCCGCCCUGGAGGCCAUCGAGGUGGAGCUCUCAGAGAGCGAGGAUGAAGCUGACGGGUCCCAGCGGCUGGAGGAGGAGGAGCUUCAGGGCUGCCUGGGCCGGCGGAGGGUGGGCAAGUGGAACCGGCGCAACGACGUCGGGGAGACCCUGCUGCACCGAGCCUGCAUCGAGGGCCAGCUGGGCCGUGUCCAGGACCUCGUGAGGCAGGGCCACCCCCUGAACCCUCGGGACUACUGUGGUUGGACACCCUUGCACGAGGCCUGCAACUACGGGCAUCUGGACAUCGUCCGUUUCCUGCUGGACCACGGGGCCGCGGUGGAUGACCCGGGGGGCCAAGGCUGUGAGGGUAUCACUCCGCUGCACGAUGCUCUCAACUGCGGCCACUUUGAGGUGGCCCAGCUGCUCAUCGAGCGAGGAGCAUCGGUCACUCUUCGCACCAGGAGGCUGGGUACCCCACAGGGCCGCAGCCCGCUGGAGACGCUGCAGCAGUGGGUGAAGCUGUACUGCAAGGAUCUGGAUGGCGAGACGCGAGAGAAGGCUGCUGCCAUGGAGACGCUGCUCCAGGCGGCCUCUUCGGGCCAAGCUUCCCACAGCUCCCUGGCUCCCCCGACCGUCCCAAGUAACCAUGUUUUUGACCCUGAGACUUCUCCUCCCUCAAGUCCCAGCCCAGGACCCCCAGAAGCCUGUCAGGCCAGUGCCAGGGUCUCCCAGGGGCUGGCGGUGCCAGCCGCGGCCAGGCCUUGGAGGAGCAGGCACAAGCUGGCCAGCGGUAGCAGCUCGGAUGGGGAGGAAAACCCAGGUCCGCCCCGGCCACCCCAGAAGAGGCCCCGGAUGCCCAGCCCCGCCAGUGACGGAGAGGCAGCCACUGCGAGUGCCGGCUGGGCAGCCUACCGGGCGGCCAUCCGCAGUGUGGGCAGUGCCCAGAGAUACCACCUGCGCCCCAGCCCCCCUCGAGGCCCCGGCGAGGCCCCCAGCCCCCGGGCAGCACUCCUCCCUGAGGAGGAGUGCUUGGCCGGGGACUGGCUAGAAGAGGACUUGCCGCUGGCCCAUGGUCAUGGGGGCAGCUACCCGCCCCGCCCCCAUAGCAGUGCGGAUGGCAGCAGACACAGUGCCUCGGGGUCAGGCAGUGAGGCGAGCGCCAUCAGGCCUCGGGCCCGGGCCCGGAAGAGCCGGCUGUCCUGUCUCAAGAGUUGGAGUGCACGGGUCAGAGCAGAUGGAGCCUGCAGCUCAGCCGCAGAGCCCCCGCGGAGCCCUGAUGUCCCCAGGGCCUUGGAGCCCAUUGGGGGAAGCCCUGCAGCAGGCCAGCCCUUGGGUCAGGCCCUGCUCCCUCCCAUCCGAGUUCGAGUUCGUGUUCAGCAUAAUCUUUUCCUCAUCCCCGUUCCACAGAGCAGGGAGACCCACUCCGUGGCCUGGCUGGCUGAGCAGGCCGCCCAGCGUUACUACCAGGCCUCUGGGCUGCUGCCUCGGCUCUCCCUACAAAAAGAGGGGGCCCUGCUGGCCCCACAGGACCCCAUCUCCGACGUGCUGCAGAGCAAUGAGGAGGUGUUGGCUGAGGUGACUUCGUGGGACCUUCCCCCGCUGACGGACCGCUACCGCCGGGCCUGCCAGAGCCUGGAGCAAGGGGCGCACCAGCACGUGCUGCAGGCGAUGGAGCAGCAGGGCUCGGGCCCCGCGUUCAGUGCCUGCUCCCUGGCGCUGCGCCAGGCCCAGCUCACCCCGCUGCUGCGGGCCCUGAAGCUGCACUCGGCACUCCGGGAGCUCCGCCUCGCCGGGAACCGGCUGGGGGAUGGAUGUGUCGCCGAGCUGCUGGCUGCCCUGGACACCGUGCCCGGCCUGACCCUCCUCGACCUCUCCUCCAAUCACCUGGGCGCUGAAGGGCUGCGCCAGCUUGCUGUGGGUCUCCAGGGGCAGCCCGCCUUGCAGACCAGAUCCUCUGGGGAACCCAUGUCUCCACAGAACUUGGAAGAGCUGGACUUAAGCAUGAACCCCCUCGGGGAUGGCUGUGGCCAGGCCCUGGCCUCCAUCCUACGGGCCUGCCCCUUGCUCAGCACCCUGCAUCUCCAGGCCUGUGGCUUUGGCUGCAGCUUCUUCCUGAACCACCAGGCGGCCCUGCGCAGCGCCUUCCAAGGCGCCAAGUGCUUGAAGACACUGUCCCUGUCCUACAACGGCCUGGGUGCCUCCGCCCUGGCCCAGGCCCUGCAGAGCCUGCCAGCCCGCACCCUCCUACGCCUGGAGCUGAGCUCUGUGGCCGCCAGCAAGAGCGACCCAGGCCUCACGGAGCCCGUGGUCAGCUACCUGACCAAGGAAGGCUGCGCCCUGGAGCACCUGGGCCUGUCGGCAAACCACCUGGGCGACGAGGCCGUGAGAGAUCUGAGCAGAUGUCUGCCUCUCUGCCCCUCGCUGGUCUCGCUGGACCUGUCUGCCAACCCCAAGAUCAGCUGUGCCGGCCUGGAGGAGCUCCUGUCUGCCCUCCAAGGGCGGCCCCAAGGCCUCAGCUUCCUCGGCCUGUCAGGCUGUGCUGUCCAGGGCCCCCUGGGCCUGCGCCUCUGGGACAACUUAACAGUGCAGCUGCAGGAGCUGCAGCUGUGCAGCAGACGUCUCUCUGCUGAGGACCGGGAUGCCCUGCACCAGCUGCUGCCCAGCCAGCUGGGCCCCAAAGCAUGCACCCUGGAUCGGGGACCCAAGCUCUUCUUCAGGCACCUCUGACUGGCUGAGCCGUGCCCCGCCCUCCCCACACGCCCAAGCCUCUAAUAAAGGAAGCCGCUGCUGCCGCCUCCCUCCCUGCUGUGGCCUUCGGAGGGGUUCACCUUGCUGUCAGAGCGCUCUGGAAUGAGGCCUCCCUGCCCAAUGAGCAGUGAGCCACACCAGCAGAGAAAGGGUUUAUUCAUAGGCAGCCAAGUGAGGGGACGGGAGGACAGAUCUCAGAUUGGCUUCCCCAAAGUAGGGGCGUGGGAUAUUUACGGGACAAAGAAGCAGGUUGGGGGAAUUCCUGGCAGCCCAGCGAUGAGCACUCCAACACUUUCACUGCCGACGGCCCGGGCCUGGUUCCAUGUUCGGUGAACUAGAUCCUACAAGCUGCGUGGCCAAAAAGAAAAGAAGGCAGGGUGAUCUUAAGCGUGGGGAGAGGAGAUUGGAGGUAGGAAAAAGGCGACGUAAUCUGUGUUCUGCAGAGGCGUGUCUGAAUUACCUGCUUCUUCAUGGGACCAUGUUAAAAAAUGGACAUGAUCUGAGGGUGGGGGUUUGGGCCCUCCGAUGUCAAAAGGUCAUUCACUGGACACCUGUGCAGGCCCAGUUUUAGGGUUGGUGGUCCCAACCAGCCUUAACUGGCUUGAGCUCGGACUGGACACAGGUGACUCCAAGUUCCUGGAAAACAACUCAGAGCAAACAUCUUAUUUUGCAGGACGUGCACGUUUUUGUAUCGACAAUUAAGGUGAGC